UGAGGAGAGCUGGGUCUUUCGGUCAUCCGUGUUCAGAGUAGUCUCUCUUUUACCGAGUGGACUGAAAACAUGCACCGUCUCCUAAACAGGAUGCUUCCAGGCACAAAAUGUUGUUCGGAUUAAGCUUUUCUUCAGAAUGAAGCGCAGCUGCAUUUCUCCUGCUGGCGCUCUUUAGCGCGGACUGCGCACGGCUGCGCGUCUGGACGCAAAGCUCGGAGGAGAAACUGACGGAGAAGGUACAUGAAACGGAAGAUCUCCAGAUAUUGGGAACUAUUUGUCCACUUCCAGGGCCGUGCGAGACUUCGCCCGUCAGCUUUUGGAUGUCCAGUGCCUGUGUGCAGGAACGGUCAGCGGUCUGAGCUGAGUCAAAGUGCAGCGGGCACCUGCAGUCUGCAUUCUGUUGCUGCAGCAUGGGCAACUUUUCCAGCAAGGACAGCCAUGGACCCACGGCAGCCUACGGGGAGAGUUUCCACACUCCGCCUUCUUCUCCACAGAGUGAUGGGUCUGGUUUAGUUCCCAGUGAUCCCAAACUUCAUCCUUCCCCAGCAGUCCCAGCUUCAUCCUCAUCUUCAUUACCAUUCGUCACCUCCAGCGGGAAGAAACCACAGCAGAACACCCCAGUCACACCCAGCACUCCCAUCCCCCCCCCGGACUGGAGGCCUCCUCCACCAGUAAGCUCGACCAGCUCCCCAACUGGUCCCGGAGUUAGCUUGCUUCACAAGAAGACAGGAAGUACUUUGGCAGGCAGAGGAGAAGCUUCUCUAGCGAAAAAUGGGAGUCCCGUCACCAUUCCUCCAAGAACUUCAGUUCCCCAGGUCAAGAGUGGGACUGUCAGUCCGAUUAAGAGUCCCUCCACGUUGUUUGGUUCCUCAUCUCCCACCAGCACUCUGGGGCAGACCUGUAAGGAAAGAAACAGUGGUCUGAGUCCAUCUCUGGGUCGUGAAGAACGGGAUGGCCAGGACGGGGAUCUAGUGGAGCUGUUGGACGAGUGUAAGACAACACUUGGCAUCCCUGCCAGUCAAGACAAGAAAAUAAACACAACAGGCAAGGCUGCAAUUCGUUUUAACCAGAUUCUGAAGCUUUUCCUGACAGAAGUGAAGAGUUUAAAGAGUAAUUUUCAGACUGAAAAGGAGGAAUGGCUGCAGUUCCAGGCAGACCUCCAGGUGGCGGUGUCAGUGGCAGACCGGCUGAGGGCCGAGGCAGACGAAGAACUGACGGCGCUCAGAGCGGCCCACAAAGACAUGGAGAGGGAGCUGGCCGCCGCCCAGCAGAGACAGAGGGACGCCGAUGUGCGACUGGCCACCCUCCAAAGAGAGCUGAAGGAGAGCAGGCAAAGGCUGGCUGCUCUCAGCCAGGCCAAAGACCAAACCCAGGCUCCCUGUCAGGAGCCUGAGAGGCCCGUUUCAGAGUCCAACAAGACUGAGAGGAAAGAGGGAACAGAGAGGGGCAGAGAAAGGGGGGUUCACAGGUUGGGAGGAAAAGAAGUGGAAAGUAAGAAUCAGACUGAAGUGAUUAAGAGUGUUGUCAGUGAGGAUGGAAUGCUCUGUAAAGGUGUGGCCAAGCGUUACCUGAGAAACGUGACUAAUGAGGACAGAGAUGGAGCAGAUGCGCGGUCCAGUGAGACACGGAGGAUGAUAACUACAGAAAGGUCAAGAAGCCUGUCCAGAUUACCUGCCUCCUCAGACUCCCUUACCAUGCAAAACGGGACAUCCCAGUCCAACUCUGCUUCCACUUUUGGGCCCACAAACAAGAAUUCAGGACAAUUGAGAGGACGAAGGAGUCUGGAUUGUCAAGACAGCAAAACGACCAAUGAAACAGGUCAAUGUCUCUUCAAAAUGAUCAUACUUAUAUCGUCCCAGGAUGGUUUCAAUCUGCUGCUGCGUCGCCAUGGAGGCUCAAAGAGAAACUCGCUGCUCCGCUGGUGUCAGAGCCGAACCCAGGGCUACAAGAAUAUUGACAUUACCAACUUCAGCAGCAGCUGGGCUGAUGGUCUGGCAUUCUGUGCCGUGUAUCACACCUACCUCCCCUCUCACAUCCCUUACAGCACCCUCAGUCCAGAGAACAAGAGAGAUAAUCUCAGUCUGGCAUUCAAAACAGGAGAGACUGUAGGAAUUGCACAAUCUUUGACUUUAGAGGAGAUGCUGAGGGCGGGCGGUCCCGACUGGCAGAGGGUCCUGAGCUAUGUGGAGAGCGUGUACCGUCACUUUGAGAUGUGACUGCUGGGGCUAUGGACAAAUAACUCCAGAGUGGAUACUAAAAGACCCAUGCGAGGAAAAUACAACCAUUUGCAAAAAUAGUUCCUUCAACACUACUGUUGUUGGAGCUAAAUGACAUUUAAAGCUGCAGUUUGUAACUUUUUUGGCUUGAUGUUAAAGACUGGAAGUCUUUUGAAAGUGCAGUAAACAAUGGCUAAAAGCCUGCAAAACCAUAAUAUACAGACUAAGACAAUCUUCAGCUGUGCACACUAUGGCCAUUUCCAUUUAUUUUUUAUGUGACUUAAGGGAAGGUUGCUCAUGUAAUAAAAUGAGGGUAAGUGCACUGCAUGCACAUGCCUGCAUAACCAAGGCUGAGAGAAAGAAGGCAGCACAGCCGUGUCUUUUUUAGAAAGGUUACAUUUACAGCUGUAAGUUGUAGGAAGAUGUUAUGUUGCUGUAGAUGUCUCCACACUGGUACUUCACAGGCAGAAAGUACUGUAAUUCCUGAAAAUCUGUUAGCAGUUUUCCAACUGCUUCAUGUUUUGUAUUUGCUUUCAUGUGUGUUCCUUUCAAAGGAACGUUCUAUCUGGAUCUAUAAGCACUCUGUUAUUCUGCACUUUUGUCAGCACUUUGUGAGAGUCAGUGUGUAACAGUGGACAAAACAAAUGUCACAGAACUGCUGUGUUCUUUAGCGGCUCAACAAAAGCGAAGCUGCGGGGUGGUCAGAAACAAGUGAUGACUUAUCCAAGAUCAAGUUAAUGAGAUCGCGUUUUCUGACAGAGAACGCACUCACGGGGUUUUUAAAGGUGCCUUCAUGUUAUCACAAUUGUGCUAGAUAUGUGUAGUUGUAAACAGCAAGAUUGCAGUGGCAUAUUCAAGCCUAAACAGGUAUGCGUAUCCGGUUUUAACAUCAUCUGUCCUCCAACCUGCAUCCUCACAGAUGCGCAACGUGGUACUGUUAAGACACGUUUAAAGCUGUGUUUGUUGCCAAAGUUCAUGCCAAAUUUUGGAUGAAUAUGACUUCCAUGACAGAACAUGUUUCGAUGUAACAAGUGUGAAACCAUAAUGCCAAAGCAAUAAACUGUUGAAAGGUCGCUGAGCGUUGUGUAACCGUGCGAUUUUAAUACUUAACAGCUGGAGCAAAGAAAAGAAUAGGCAUGAACGUCCAUUUAUGGGCCUCUGUGAAGUUUUCUCUGCCCUUUUGUUUGUUGAGCUGGAACUGGGAGGAGGUUGUCUCAAAAGCUAUUUUAGCUUUGACUUUACUGCCCCCUGCUGGUAAUGACGCAAUGAUAGAUCAUCAUGCUCCAUUGAGAUUAAAUCCACAAAGUGGUUAGAUCCUGGUUCAUUCUGGACCCAUAGUGUAAGCUUAUAGCCUAUAAAAUGCUCCUUUUUUCUGUCCCAUUGAUUCAGUAGAAAACGAUUACAAGAGCUCGUUUUUCACCCAUCUCAGAUGCGUUUUAUGGACAAAUGUAAUUCGGUGCCUGAUUAUUCUCAUAAUUCAGUGUUGAGACAAACCACAUGGGUGCUGACCUGUAAUCUUUUGUUGUCACAAGGAAAUAGAAAUGUCAAGCCUGUUUACCACAUCACUGAACCCUGUUAAUAUUGUGUUGAUGUUCUUCGAGGAGGGCUCUUUCAUGUGUAUUCAAUUGUUUGCUAUGUGGAGAUUGAAAGUCAACAUCUAUUUAAGAAAAUAAAGAA